AGGAAUGUCUCAGCGACGCUUUGCCAAAGCACAUCAGCGGUUUUGUACUCGGCCAACAGCGGUGCGUCGCGCACCUGCACAGCCGGGUAAUCACAGCCAAAAGAAAAAAAAGUUCCAUUUCGAAUUCACCAAAUACAAACUAAGGAAAAGUACAAAAAAAAAGGUGAACGCCGCUUUGGAGUGUUAGGGACGCCAAGCCGCUCUGCCUCGUCUUUCUCGCUGUCUUUCUCGCCCCGUAGGCAAUUAAGGGGUAGAUCCAUACAAUAGAUCGGUAUAGAGCGAGGCCUUUUUGUAGUUGUUAUUAUCGUACGAUGGCCGCCGCGUCCUCUGCGGCCUACCUCACCACACCGCCUCCCCUCUUCACAGCGGAAGGAGACGCAGCGGAUGAGGCGGGGAGCUUAGACGCGUACUUUGAAGCCUGCCGAGCGUCAUCGUCGUUGUCCUCCUCAGCGGCACACGAGGAGGAGGAAGAGGACGCACACGGCGAGUCGCUGCCCUCCAGCGGCGCACACCGAACUGCGUCGGCCACAGAGCUGUUCACAGCCUCAACGGGCAGUCGCGGUAGCUUCACGCACUUCUCACCUCUUCAGGGCAACGUGCCGCGGCCGCUGCUGCUGCGCCAGCGUCAAGUUGUCGGCAGAUGUAGUAGCGGGAGUGGUGGAGAUGUCAGCGCUCCGCUGUACGAGCCGGAAGGGCUGCCCGCCACCAGCUCGGAUCUGCGACCGAGCAAGCGGAAGGGGACAGUAACACCCACAGGGUUUUCAAACACCCAUAACGCAGAUCUCGUCGCUCCCGCGGUGCGCGGCACAGCAGGCCAGGACUUGGCUGAUCAGCUGCACCACGCGUCUCUGCCGCUCGCGUCGACGGAUGCGCCGUGGCGCUCUACACACGACGGUGACGCCGCUGCUGCUGCGACCGCCAAAGUUUUUGACUUCUACCUGCCCACGCCUUCACCGGCCACAGCACCUCCCUCUAACCCGUCGCAGAGCUCCUCCAGUAAAGGAAAACGGAGGUCCACGACGACCAUCACCACACGCGGGCGCAGCUCCCGCAGCCCAUCCUCGCCCUGUCUUGAGAGUCGUGCGCAGCGACACGCUCGUCAGCGGGCCGUCCUCUUUGACGUGUUAUGUGCGCUACGGCAGCAUCCCACGGCGAGCUGCGAAGCGCUGGGCGAUGGAGACGACCGCGCCGGCGCACAGGGCCGCGCUGUCCUUUCAAAGACGACGUGGAGUUUGCGGGAGUCGGUGAAGGCGGAGGCUCGCGCGCAGCAUUGGCCGCCGAGCUUCGUCGGAGCUCUAGCGCAGCUGCUGGCGGUGGCGAGCGACGUGGCGGUGGCGCAGGCGCAGGCGGGUGUUUUCGAACGCGUGUGCGCGAUCCGCGACGCGGCCGCAGCCAGCAUUGCUGGGACAACCGGUGCGUCUGGCGACACGCAAGAUGCCGCCGGUGCGCUGGAGGAUGCCGGGCAGCAGGCGCUCCAGCGCCUCUCCUCCGUGCUGCGGCAACUCAGCGCUGAUUUUGUGCAGUGGGUGCUGCAGGUGCAAGAGUAUCUCGUGGUGGUCUGCGCAGAUGCGUUUGGGGAUCAUCGAACCACACAGACCCCGCAGCAGGCUGCACUCUGCUCCGCGGACGCGCAUACGCACUGGUACGCAAGGAGCGAGGGUGGACGUCGGAUAGCGCGCAACGUGCCGGCAUCCGACAGUCGUGGCAGCAACAACAGGCACGCAGAGGAAGACCAAGAAGGGGCUGCGCAGGCGGCACCAGAAAGCAUUCUCCCACCGUCGCACUCGCUGCUGGACGUGGUGCUGGCCGUGCAGGAGAACGGCAUUCCUCUCCAGCGGUGUCGUGUGCUGGUCGACGAGAGUGGCUGCUUCGACGGGCUGGCAGACCUGCUCGUGGAGUUGCCGUGCGCAUCGACUUCCCCGCUUCACUCCUCCGUGUCCUUUGCGGCGCUGGCGGCACGUCUGCUGGACACCCUCAUCAUUCAAGCGAGCGCGGUCCAGGACACCUCGACGAUGGACCUCUACCGUUUCUACGUGAUGCUUCUCCUCCUGACCGCCUGGCCCUACGUGCUGCUCUGCACGGCUGCCAUAUUUGGCUUUGUGCGGAACAUCGACCCGCCGGUGUGGCGCCGGCAGCUUCCCCGGCUGUUUCGCUCCUCCUUCUCGCAUGUGCGGAUCGGGGAUGCGCACCGCCACUACCCGACGGACGUGCUGUCGCUGCUGCUGAACUGUGUGGGGUACUACAACGCCUCUGAAGUGUGCAACGCUAGGAGUGGUGGAGUGGGGGAUUGCGCUGGCGGCCUGCAACCGCACUGGACGCUCGGGAAGGGCAGUCGCCACAGCAGCAGCAGCAGCAGCAACGGUGGGCGGCACAAGGACUUGGCGGAACACCAUGUGGCCCUCACCGCCCUCUCCUCGGCUCGCACAUUUGUUCUGCGCAGCCUGGCCAGCUUCACGCGACGCAAGAAGCAGGUGGCUCUCUCGCGCACCCCAGCUCGCCCGAGCCCCGUUGGCCAACGCAAAGCGGCGACGGCCGCGGAGGGGGGUGGGAACAGCAGCGACAGGGCAGCAGCAGCAGCGAUGGCUGCCGCGCCUGCCCCCUUGCUGUCCGCGCAGCGCUGGCAAAACAAAAGCGUGAAGGAAAUUCUGCAUUACAUUCUGUACGGCUCCGGCGGCCGUGGAGGCGGCAACGACGGCGACCAAGGGGAGGACAGCAACGGUGAGGAAGAGCAGGAGAGGGCGCACGACACCACCGCAGCCGAGAAGGGAGGUGACAUCGGUGCGGGGGCGGCGGUGGUCGCCUACGCCCGGGCGAAUCAAGAUGUGCGGCGGCGAGUCAUACAGCUCCCGCAGAACACGGCCGAGGCCCCCGUCGCCGCAGGAGGAAGAGGAGCUGCAGUGAUGCUGCCGCCGCCGCCACCUCGCCUCACUCCUGAUGGCGCGCGCUACUUCUAUUACCCCACCACCAUCCCGUUGGGCUUCGCCACCAUGGCGGCGGAGGCCCUCGCGGGCCAGCAGCAGUGGCAGCAGCACCGCAGUCGAGCCGUAGCGCGUGCAGAGGUGGAGGCGUCGGCGCCAUCACCACCUGCCAUGCGGCGACCGCUGCGGCACUAUUCGGACCACGAUGAAGAAGACGGAGAGAAGGGAGAAGGCGAGACAGGCAGUGGUGGAAGCGGACCGCUGGAGCACGGUGCUCUCGCCCUGUGGACGCUGUUCCUUUCGGAGUCUGCAACGGCACCGGAUGUGGUCUUUGCGAACGCGUUCGCGCCGACCGAUGACGAUGAUGCCGACGGCGAUGACCGUCGAAGUUUGAGCCGCCGUUUUGGUCAGCGCUCCUUACGCUCUGCUCGGCGCGUGCGCACGCACCAGCUGUGGAUCAACAUCACCAUUCCGUGUGCACGUUGGGUGACCACCGCGCUUUUAAUUCCGAUUGGCGUGGUGGUGCAGCGACUGCAGGAGCGCCGCCUGCGUGACUUGUUUGCCAUGUCCCUUCACGCCGUCUCUUCGCACGGCCCGCGUUCCAUCACGGGCAGUCACGACCCAGAUGGUGUGCGCAGCCGAAGAGGCAGGGACUGGAGUGGUGUGUUGUGGCAGAACAACGAGGAUGAAGAGGAGGGCAGUAAGAGCCUUCCUGGAGAUGUGGGUGGUGGGGUCGUCGCCCACGCCUUCACCGACCCUUUGACACCCCCCUCAACAACAGCAUCAGCCGCUCCGGCGGCUGGUGGUGCUGUGCUGAUGCGUCGCCGCGGCGCUCCCUCUUCUGUCCCCGCCUCCCCCACCACCGCCGCCUGCUCCUUCCUGCACGCUCUGAAGCUCCUCGUGGACGUCGCCCUCUGCCGCGAUCAGGAGCGACUCGUCUUCGGCUUUCUCGAGCGGCUCUACAAGGAGCCGCGCUGGUGGACCCGCCGGUGGGUGGACGGCGGGGCGGGGGCCUUCGAGCGGGUCGGCACCGCGGCCCCGACGGUAUCUGCCCUCUUUGCGGAUGCACUGCGGGGGAAGCGGCUUAGCGAGCUCGUGCGUCUUGUCGUGCUGCCUGCGAGUAAGGCUCGGAAAGAUCGCGGGUCGCCGUUAGCAUCCAGCGGGGAUCCGACGCCGCAGCAGCAACAACAACAACACCCCCAAACACCUGGUGUCCCACUCUCUCGCCACACGCCCGCCGCAGCACCAACCUCCACCAUCUCCACCGAUGUGCUGGACGUGUUCGCCUCCUUCCAGCUGGAAUUCACGCUUCCGGGGGCCUUUGCACUUGUUCUGCAGCCGAGUGAUUUGAGUGUGCACGUGCAGGCCGUCACGAACACCACGGAGCGAAGUUAUCAGACUUUUUUUUGGCAGCGCCGACGUCGUCAGUACGUGGAGGAGGAGGACGCCGCCGCCCCUCCCACGGCACGGCUGGGAAUUGCCUUCUCGGAUGUGUGGAGUUACAUCUUCGGCUAUCAGUGCUCCCUCUACUACGCACAGAUCACCCUGCGCGAGCACAAGAAGCAGCUGCACCAACGCGACACGGAGGACUUCCAGGUAACGCAGACGAUGGGGCAGCCGCGACGCGGUGCGGCGCGUCAUCUCCAGUACGUUGCACGCGGCCUGGGCAGCGCGUACUACACCCUCAACUUUGCUGUGGACACGCUGCUGAGCUUUACGCAGGCCGAGGCGAUGCGCGCCGUUUACGACAUCGAGCACCUGCUCCACCGAGCGCUGGGUGCCUCUCCGGACUUGCACUCCUGCAUGGAGCUGUGUCACGAGCUCGAUACGUUGUUGCUGCAGCUGCAUUUUAUUUCCUUUCCGGCCCGGCCGGCCGUCGCACUCAACGCGCGGGAGCGAGCGAUGCAGUCGCCUGCCGCCGAGGCCAUCCGCAGUGCCGUGCAGCGUCUUCUCGAGGUCGCCCUGGACCCAUCGCGGCUGCCCGUGUCGUACAUCAGCAGCAGCACCCGCAACUCCGUCGAGGCGCUCGUGGCGGCGGUGACGGCGGCCGCGGAGCAUCAGAGUGCGCUGGCAACGCGCCUCCACCCUCUGCGGGUGAUGCUCACGUUUAACAAAUACUAUGGCACGCCAGAGGAGACGUUGUCCUACCGCUUUCGCUAG